UCGGCCUCUGCACUACGCACGCGCGGGCGUCUCCGGGCAGAAACUGAGCCCGGUUCGGGCGCAGGGGCUUGUGGGAGGGCUUAAGGAAGUAAAAUGGCGGAUCUGGCGAACGAAGAAAACCCUGCUGCUGCUCCGCCUGUCUUUGUGUUCCAGAAAGAUAAAGCGCAGAAGUCCUCUGCAGAGCAAAAAGACUUGUCGGAGUCGGGAGAGGAGCCUCGGGGGGAGGCUGAGGUCCCCCGCAGUGGCGCGGGUCUCCCCGCGUCCGCUGGUGAGCGUGCCCCCACUAGCACUUCCACCAGCCCUCCUCCACCUCCCGCUCCUGAAGGCCAGCUUCCUUGUUCGCGAGAACUGGCAGGGAGGUCAGCUGGUGGCUCAAGUCCUGAAGCUGGAGAAGAUUCUGACCGUGAGGAUGGAAACUACUGCCCUCCUGUCAAGCGUGAGAGGACGUCCUCUCUGACCCAGUUCCCCCCCUCACAGUCAGAGGAGAAGAGCAGUGGUUUCCGGUUGAAACCACCCACGCUCAUCCAUGGCCAGGCACCCAGUGCAGGUGUGCCUAGCCAGAAGCCCAAGGAGCAGCAGCGCAGUGUGCUCCGCCCCGCCGUGCUCCAAGCCCCACAGCCCAAGGCGCUCGCACAGACAGUCCCCAGCAGUGGCACAAACGGGGUUAGCCUCCCAGCUGACUGCACAGGGCCAGCCAUGUUGUCGUCACCAGAACACCCCGCCCGGAGAAGUCCCUGUGAAUCUGCCGAGGAGACGCACACACUCGAGCAGGAGAAGGAGACCCAGAAGCCAGUGCCCAGCAGAGCCCCUGCGGAGGAGAGCUGUGGGGACAAGCAGCAAGGCGUGCAGCAGGCCUUCGUGUUUGGGCAGAACUUAAGGGACAGAGUCAAGUUAAUGAAUGAGAAUGCCGACAUGGCCGAAGUGGACAGUGCUGCACACCCCAGCUCAGAGACGCCCAGUGCCACCAACUACUUCCUGCAGUACAUCAGCUCCAGUGUAGAGAACUCAGACAGCAAUGCUGAUACCUCCAGCAACAAGUUCGUGUUUGGGCAGAACAUGAGCGAGCGCGUCCUGAGUCCCCCCAAGCUAAACGAGACCAGUUCUGAUGCCAACAGGGAAAACCCCACCACCGAGCCUGUGACUGAAUCACCCUCCCACGAAGCCCCCAAGAAAGCUAGUAACAUUGCAGAGUCCCUUGCUGAGUCGGCCGCCGCCUACACCAAGGCCACUGCGUGGACAUGCUUGCUGGAGAAGGUAGAAGUCAUCACGGGCGAGGAGGCGGAGAGCAACGUGCUGCAGAUCCAGUGUAAGCUGUUUGUCUUCGACAAGACCUCACAGUCGUGGGUGGAGCGAGGCCGGGGGCUGCUCAGACUCAAUGACAUGGCAUCUACUGAUGACGGCACGUUACAGUCCCGGCUAGUGAUGCGGACACAGGGCAGCCUGCGGCUGAUCCUCAACACGAAGCUGUGGGCACAGAUGCAGGUGGACAAAGCCAGCGAGAGGAGCCUCCGCCUGACGGCCACGGACGCCGAGGGACAGGGUGUGAAGGUCUUCCUCAUCUCAGCCAGCUCAAAGGACACGGGCCAGCUGUAUGCCGCAUUGCACCACCGCAUCCUGGCACUGCGCAGCCGUGCUGAGCAGGAGCAGGAAGCCAAGACACCUGCGCCCGAACCUGGGGCUGCCCCAGCUCAUGAGGAGGAAGACAGUGAUGACGAUGUGUUGGCACCCUCAGGGGCCUCAGGAACAGGCGCAGGCGAUGAAGGAGACGGGCAGACUCCUGGGAGCACAUAGCGGUCGGAACCUACCAGGCUGCCGCUUUGUUGCUGCUGCCCACCCUCCCCAGGCCCGAGGCACUGUUCCUGCUGGGCAGGUCCCUCCAGACGCCGGACUCCCGGGAUGUGGUUUGGGACUCAGCCUCAUCAUAUUGAUGAGUCGCAAGAACACUCCCCACCCUCCUGUGAUUGACUUGUCACGGCUUCCCACUGGCUUGCAGACCUGUUUCUUCACCCAGCCUUGGCCUUGGGCGGCUUCCCUCCCCAAAGCCAGAGGCACACACGGGCCCCCAGGCAGUGAGCUCUGGUGACAGUUUGUUUCCAAAGGCUUUGUCUCCAGUGUUGCAGGCACACAGCCUACACGCCUGCUCUCCCCGGGUUGGCACCCAGCCUGCACAGGGGCUCUGAGGGCUUGAGCCUAGGAAUGCCUGUCUGGAAGAUGAUGACGGACCGUGGAGGGUUCCCGGGGAUGCCCCCACAUCCCCCUCCUCGUGCAAGUCAUGCCCUUCACUGCACUCUGGCCCAGGGUGCAGACCUGCUUCCUACUAUUGGGCGUUCCUUGCUCAGCCAAGGUGACCAUCUGGGGCCUCUGAGGGCAUCCGGCCUCCAUGGACGUGCAGGCCAUGACAUUCCUGGGCACAUGCACGGGAACUCACCCAACAUCUGCCCACCCUCAGGGCUGAAGAGAAGGCCUCCAUCUUGGCUGUGUUUCCCACCCACCCAGAGUGGCCAGCGCAACUCCAUCUACAGUCUACGCCCCUGGGGAGCCAGCAGGAACCCCCACCUGGCAGAUUGGUCACUCUGCUUAAAGCCUUAGCCAGUUAGUGACGAGUAAAAGCAGACGACGCCUGUGUGUUUUGGAACGUUUAUGUAAGACUGUCAUAUGAAAUGUAUUUGGGAACUACAUUAAAACUUUUAACUAAA